CUGGAAUUAGGCUACCAUGAGCAUAAUCUGCUCUGCUACCGUGAGGGCCAGGCCAGUGUUAGCACGAUCUAAGGAGAAGCAGCAUCGGCAAUGGGAAACACUAAGAGCAGCACGUUGUCCAAGGAACUACUGGAGGAUCUAAAAUCCAACACCAAAUACACAGAGGCCGAGCUGUGCAGCUGGUACCAGUCCUUCCUUCGGGAAUGUCCCGGGGGGAAGAUUAGCAAGGAGCAGUUUGAAGGCAUCUAUGCCAGUUUCUUCCCAAAUGCUGACCCCACCGCUUACGCCCGCCACGUCUUCCGGAGUUUCGACACCAAUGCCGAUGGUACACUGGACUUCAAGGAGUACAUGGUGGCGCUGCACCUGACCUCAGGUGGGAAGACCCGGCAGAAGCUGGAGUGGGCCUUCGCACUCUAUGACGUGGACGGCAACGGAACCAUCAGCAAGAACGAGAUCCUGGAGAUUGUCAGGUCAAUCUUCAACAUGAUCCCAGCGGACGACCAGGAGAACCUUUCUGAGGACGAGAACACGCCAGAGAAGAGAGCUGAGAAGGUGUGGCGGUUUUUCGGGAAAAAGGAGAACGACAAAAUCUCGGAGGGCGAGUUCAUCCAGGGCGUGAUGGACAACAAGGACAUCCUGCGCCUCAUCCAGUAUGACGAACCUCAGAAGAUUAAAGACAAGCUGAAGGAGAAGAAACAGUAGCAGCUGUGAACAACAAACAAACAAACAAACUCUUUUGUUGGUUGAAGUGGCAACCGGACAGGAAGUGUCUUUCAAGAAUUAAAAAUUGGACAAAAACAAUCAUUAAUGUAUAGCAUCUGAAAAUCCUUUUGUGAUGCUGCAUGAGUCAAAAAUGAGUGAAUUCACUCAUUUCCGACUUACGAAAAUCGCUGCAUUCGGAAUUAUAUACUCAUUUCCAACCUCUCGAUAAGUACGGUUUUGGCCCGAAUAUAAGAGGGUGUUUUUUGCAUUGAAAUAAGACUGAAAAAGUGAGUGUCGUCUUAUUUUCGUGGUCCAGACGUUAUACCCAUUCACGACGCUCGAUGGCGCCAGAUAUCAUCGAAGCGAUGUUCUGUCAUGACAGAUCUCAGCUACUCUCAAGUUUAACCAGUUUGCGUUAUUUUAUUGCAAUGUUUUUCCUUAUUCAGAUUUGUUUCAAGACUACAGUCACAGUUAAGACUUCACUUUGAUGGUUAAUGCAGUUAUUGCAAUUUUGUUGUUUCAUCACAAUAGAUUGGUUUAUUUUAGGGCUGUCAAACGAUUAAAAUUUUUAAUUGAGUUAACCACAGCUUAAAAAUUAAUUAAUCGUAAUUAAUUCAAUUCAAACCAUCUCUAAAA